AUGGAUUUCGCAUCUCUCAUGUCCAAAGAAAUAUCCAAAAAGAGCGAUGCCUCCACCGAUACAUCCAAGAAGUAUAUGAAACGCUCUGAAAUUGAAGCAGAACGUCAAGCCAAAUAUCAAGCCGACCAACGCGCCAUCGAAGCCGACCGCGAAGCCAAAUUCGCACAAAAGCGCAAACGCGAAGACGAGGAGGAAGAAGCCAAUAAGGCGCGCGAAGAGAAACGAAAAAGAUUAGCUGAAGAAUCGAGGAAACAGAGGGAGGAAAGAGAGGUGGAGGAAGAGAGGAAGAGGAGGAAGAGAUUGGGGUUACCGGAGUUGAAACGGGAGGAAAGUGUGGAGGUGGAGGAGGAUGAUAUUGAGGAUGGGGAAUUGGUGAAGAAACUAAGGGAGAUGGGACAUCCUGCGAAAUUGUUUGCGGAAAGCCAUAGGCAGCGAUUAAGGCGGUUUAGGAAAUUGGGGGUGGUGAUGACGAACGGACCGAUUCCGACGACGUUGGUGCUGGUCGAGGAGAAGGAUAUGAAGGUUGAGACUUUACCGAAGGAUGAAGAGGGAAGGAAAUACUUGUUUAGACAGUUGGCGAGUUAUUUCACCAUGGUUUUGGGGGAGUGGGAACGAGCGCUGGAGAAGGAGAAGAGGGAUACGUUUGCUAGUAAGGCGGCUUAUAACGCUAUGGUUCAGAGUAAAGAUAAUAUGACUCCUUUAUUCCGCAAAUUCGAAAAAGCAGAUCUAGAUGAAGGGAUUUUAGAACCCAUAGUCGAAAUCGUCAAAGCAGCACAGGAGAAACGCUACGUCGAUGCAAAUGAUGGGUAUCUACGCCUCAGUAUUGGAAAAGCGGCUUGGCCAAUCGGUGUUACGAUGGUGGGUAUUCACGAGCGUAGUGCGCGCGAGAAAUUGCAUGAGAGUGAUAAGGGACAUGUGAUGGGAGAUGAGAUCACGAGAAAGUUUUUGCAGAGUGUUAAGAGAUGUCUUAGUUUUGCUCAAGUUAGAUGGCCUCCGGAGGAUAUUGGGCAGUUGAUGGGUUGA